AUGAUCGACGAAAAAUCGACGCUCCCGCUCAGCUCGCCGCAGGCCCCGGCCCCGCGCCGUCCCAGCAGGGUAUGGAAGCUGGUGCAGUGGGUGUCGUGGGCAUUCAUUCUCUACCAACUCUACGCCACCUACCUGCGCGGCCCGGCGAUCAGCUCGUUUGCUCCCCGCGUGCUCGAGGCGCCGGAUAGCGCCGACGGCAUCUGCCCGCAGGUCGAGGAGUAUGACCCGAAGGAUGCGCUGAACGGCCUCGAGAUCAAGCGCACGUCGGUGCACAAGGCCGUGCAGCGCAUCAGCGAGGCGGUCCAGAUCGACACGACCGUUGGUGACAUGUGGCCCGAUCCCGAGGACGACCCCAACCCCUGGAAGGUCUUUACGCCCUUUGCUGAGUGGCUCGAAAAGGCCUUCCCAGAGGUGCAUGCCCAGCACAGCCCGGUGAAGCGCGAGGUCGUCCACGACCACGGCCUGCUCUACACCUGGAAGGGCUCGGACGAGAAGCUCAAGCCCCUGCUUAUCACCGCGCACCAGGACGUGGUGCCGGUCGACGGAUCGACGCUCGACGACUGGUUCUACCCGCCGUUCUCGGGCGAGAUCGACCUGAAGAACCAGACUGUGUGGGGCCGCGGCGCCCUCGACUGCAAGCUGUGGCUCUUGAGCUCGAUCACCGCCGUCGAGUCACUGCUCAAGAGCGGCUGGACUCCGCGCCGCACUAUCCUCCUCAGCUACGGCUUUGACGAAGAGGCGAGCGGCAACCAGGGCGCCAAGCAGCUCGGCGAGCACCUCUACAAAGAGUAUGGCCCAGACAGCGUCGCGAUGCUCGUCGACGAGGGCACGCCGGUCAUGUCGACCUCGGACGCCGAGUCGUUCGGCGCGCCGAUCGCCGCGCCGGCAGUGACGGAGAAGGGCUCGCUGAACGUCUUUGUCGAGGUGCGCAGCAAGGGCGGCCACUCGUCGAUGCCGCCGCCGCACACCUCGAUCGGCUUCCUGAGCAAGGUCCUGACGCACCUCGAGGAGAACCCGUUCCCGGACAAGAUCCUGGAAAAGUCCAAGCCGCAGAUCGCGCUCCUGCAGUGCAUGCGCGACGCACCCAACAUGCCCCCGAAGCUGCGCGAGGCGCUGCUGGCGCUCGAGUACUCGGAGCGCUCGCUCGACGCCGGUUUCUUGCGCGCCAAGGGCUCUGCUCUGCCGAUGCGCGAGUACCUCUUCCAGCGCUACGCACCCCGCACGCUCAAGGAGAACCGUCUGACGGAUGCGCGCCAAAAGGUGCUCGACCAGCUCGACUUUGCGACUAAGUCGAUGCUCAAGACGACCCAAGCCCUCGACCUGGUCCGCGGCGGUGUCAAGAUGAACGCGCUGCCGGAAUCGGCCAACGCGUACAUCAACCACCGCAUCGCGACCUACUCCAACAUUGCCGAGACCGAGCAGCACUACAAGGACCUCCUCGUGCCGCUCGCCAAGGAGCUCGGCCUGUCGCUCCAGGCAUUCGGCGAGGAGCUCGUGCCGCGCACGGACAAGACCCUCGGUGCGCUCGUGCUCGAUCGCAGCUACUGGACCAUUGACACGGUGGAUGCGUCGCCGUUUGAGGGCAAGGAGGCCGGCCCGUGGCGCCUGCUUUCGCGUGUCAUCCGCCAGACGUGGCACCUCGACGAGCCCCGCCACGAGCUGCACCACGGCAAGGAGCAGGCCGCUCGCUCGCAAAAGUACAAGCAGCCCGUGCGUGUCAGCCCCUACACCAUGUUUGCCAACACGGACACGCACUGGUACAAGCGCCUCACGUCCAACAUCUUCCGCUUCGGCUCGCUCUCGGUGCACACGGACCUCACGGGCCUGCCCAUGUUCCACUCGAUGCACACGGUCAACGAGCACGCUUCGAUCGAUGCCGUGGUCAAGUCGAUCGACUUUUACACGAACCUGAUCGUCGCGGUGGACCACGAGGAUGUGAACAAAGUCUAA